AGGAGACGAAGGUGGGACCUGAAACAGGAUUCAGGCAGUGAGGCUCCCUGGCCUCGGUUCCAGGAGGAGCCUUGGAGAAUAUCCUGGGCAUUGCAGGAGGCUUGCCCUCCUACAGCCUUGAUUGAGGUGCGUAGCAACUGGCGAUGGAGAAAUUCAUUGUCCGGGGGCCUCUUAAGACCACAGCAACAAAGAACAAGAGGAAGUCCCCUGGGCCAGAGCAGGAGGAGGCUGACUCUGGUGCGGAAGCCAGUGGAAGAAGCAAGAAGAGGCCCAAGCUGGAUGCAUCCCACCAAAGCAAGACUCCCUUGGUUGGUGCUUCAUGGAAACACAUCCGGGCAGAAGGGCUAAACUGCGAUUAUAGGAUCCUUUUCAACAAAGCAGAGGCUGACAGGAUCUUCCAGGAGCUUGAAAAGGAAGUGGAAUAUUUUGAAGCAGGAGAGUUCACUAAACUCCACAUAUUUGGAAAGUGGCACAACAUCCCAAGGAAACAAGUGACCUACGGGGAUGCUGGCUUGACGUACACAUACUCAGGUGUCACUUUCUCGCCCAAGCCAUGGAUUCCAGUUCUGGAUCACAUAAGAGACCAAAUCCAGCUAACCACCGGGGACACCUUCAAUUUUGUUCUCAUUAACAGGUAUAAGGACGGUCACGAUCACAUGGGGGAGCACAGAGAUGAUGAGCGAGAGCUGGCCCCUCGCAGCCCCAUCGCAUCCGUGUCCUUUGGAGCCUGCAGGGACUUUGUCUUCCGGCACAAGGAUUCCCGAGGCAAAAACCCCUCGCGCUACAUUGAGGCUGUCAAGUUGCAGCUGGAGCAUGGGAGCUUGUUGAUGAUGAACUUCCCCACCAACCGUUACUGGUACCACAGCCUGCCCAGUCGCAAGAAACUCCUGGCUCCGAGAAUCAACUUGACAUUUCGAAAUGUGAUGGCACUGACCCCAGGGCAGUGAGAGCGGGAGAGAUGGCUCACUGACUUCCACACAGUGUUCGUUUGUCUCAAGAGUUUGGCCAUCUAGUUUCUUUGUAGGCAUGAAUAGAGAGUGUUUCGAAGAGUGUUUUUUUGUUCCUUUUAGUGCCUUUGUGGUAAAAAUAAAAAGGCAUUUGGGGUCAAA